UCGGUGGCUCGCGGAACUACGCAGUCAUUCAGAAAGUGCAACUCGAAGCGGUAACUCCGUAGCAGCUUUCCGGACGAAUUUCGAACGAAAUCAUUUCCUACCAAGGAACAAGCGAAAAGAAUUCUGCGACUCGUACCGUGUGAUACGAAGCAAGCGUUUUCUCAAAGACAGAUCGAAUACCAAUCAAGAUGGCGCUAGUGUCGAGGGACAUCUUCCGCAACUGGUGGGAAGAUAUGGACCGUUACCACCGCGAACUUGAAGAGCAUUUCAAACGUUUGAGUACCAGAGACUUCUGGGAACCACCACCGAUGCCAUCCUUCAAAGAAUACUUCCGUCCAUGGAGAAACAUGAUGGAAGAACUCGAACGCCAGGCUGUUGGUACCACGGCUUCAGUAGAAAGGGACGGCGAUAAAUACCAGGUGAUCGUCGACGUACAGCAAUUUGCCCCGGAAGAGAUAGUGGUGAAGACGGAUGACAAAUUCAUCACGAUUGAAGGGAAACACGAAGAGAAGAAGGACGAGCAUGGAUACAUCUCGAGACAUUUUGUACGUCGAUACGCGUUGCCACAGGGCUACGACAUAGGCCACGUGAGACCGAGCCUGUCUUCUGACGGUGUCCUCACCAUCACCGCGCCGAAACUCGCCCUCCCCGCGCCUGGCGAGAGAAUCGUACCGAUCAGUCGAAGCAACGCGCCGGCAAUCAAAGCGUAAACCGCAAAUCGAUUCACCUUUAAUAAGAGUAUAAUGUUACCCAAUUAAUUGGCUACACGAACAAACGAAGUUUCUACUUUGACAGUUUUAGGGGAUCUUUGUUUUAUUUU